AUGCAUUUGGCGGUAGGAAUGAUCUUUUUGUCACAGACUGUAGUUGGAAUCCUGGGCAACUUUUUUCUUCUUUACCAUUCUCUUUUCCUUUACCAUACUAAAAGCAAAUUGAGAUGCAUAGAUUUGAUUCUGAAGCACAUGUUUAUAGCCAACUCCUUGCUUCUUCUUACUAAAGGACUUCCUCAGACAAUGGUAGCUUUUGGAUGGAAACAUUCGUUCAAUGAUUUUGUCUGCAAACUUAUCUUGUACGUUGAGAGAGUGGGCAGGGGUGUAUCAAUUUGUACCAUCUGCCUCUUGAGUGUCUUUCAAAGUAUCCUGAUCAGCCCCAUGAACUCCUGCUGGAAAGAUCUUAAAAUCAAAGCUCCAAAGUAUAUUGGCUUAUGCAUUUGCUUCUUCUGGUUUCAACACAUGGCGGUAAAUUCCAUUUUUCCUCUUCAUCUGUUGUACGUGUCAGGAAACUUGCAUAGCAGGAACAUCACAAAGAAAAGAGAGAUGGGAUACUGUUCUCUUGUAGAUCAAGGGACCAUCCUAGGCUCAGUCUAUUUGGCACUAGUAACAUUCCCUGAAACUACUUUUUCUGUGCUCAUGGUCUUCUCAAGUGGCUCCAUGACUUUUACUCUGUACCGACACAAGCAGCGGGUUCGACACAUUCACAAGACAAAUGUUUUCUCUGGAUCUGCUGAGUCCAGAGCCACCAAAAGCAUCGUUCUUCUAGUGGGCACUUUCUUAUCAUUUUACAGCAUGUCCUCCAUCUUUAUGAUUUGUAUUGCUCUUUUUCCUGAGGUAAAUUGGUGGCUGAUGUGCAUUUCUGAUAUAAUUUCUGUGUGUUUUCCAACUAUCAGCCCCUUUCUGGUAAUGAACCAAGAUGCCUCUACAUAUAAUCUCUGCUUUUUUUGGCUAAGAAACACACACUUUUUCAUAAGAAGUAAAUAA